CUCUUUGGUAUGUCAUGUCAAUUAUUGAACAUACUUGGUGGCGUAAAUGAUUGUUAUUUGUUUAUUUUUCUGCAAAUAUAAAUAUUUAUAAUUCAAUUCGAAUGUGAAGACCAUUUAUAUCUUAGCUAUUCCCAUAUCAAGAUGUUACGUACAAAGAUUUACAUAGCCAUUAGCACUAUAGGUGCAAUCUUAGGUAUUGCUGCCUUUAUAUGUUUCUGCCUAGUUUACGCAAACAUAGAGGCUGGAAUGUGGGCAUUGUUGUCUGGUAUUCAUGCAAGCUUAACCCUUGUGCUACACUGUCAUUAUUUGAAGGAAUCCUUGCAUGUCAACUUCUCAAGGAAAGCUUUGCAAUAUCUUGGAGAUUUUGGAAUUGUCGGCUUUGUGUCGGGAUUGGCUCUUACAUUGUUUUAUACAUUUUUGGAAUUCUAUUAUAAAGCUGGUAUAAUUCCGGUUCAGACAAGUAUUGUAAUACGCUUGAUAUGGUCAUUUGCGAUGAUGAAAUGGGGUUUGACUCUCUAUUUAUUCACAAAGAAAUAUCUACGUACAUAUAAUGAUCACCAACUUUUCUCUGAAAAUCCUAAUGUUGAAGAAACAUAAAUAUCAAUUUUAAAGUAGUUUUCUUAUGCAGUGACACUUGUUUACUAUAUAUUGUCAUCUCUUUCAUAUUCAUUGACAUAACAAAGACAGCAAUAUGUGUCAAAACAAGUGUCGGCAGUUUCAUGUUUAGCUUAAUUGUGAUUUAUAAACCUGAAUUACGUUAAGUUUAAUUAGUUUUGUAUUUUGUUUAACACUGACUUCUGUACAUGGACAGGCUGCAAUCUGUGGUAUUAUGUGCGUAUUUGAUUUCCGCCAUCUUGUUACUGACGGUUGUAGUUGGUAAGAGAUUGAACUGUCAGGAACUUCAACAUGUUUAAGUCUGAAUGAAGCAAAAGAUGUCAUGACUUAUCCAUUUAUAGAAAUCAGUCCAUAUAUUUAGUUAAUUAAUUCUUAAAAGUCAUUAAACUAAAUUUUGUCCUCUAAAACUAUAGACUUGGUGAAUGUUUAGUAUUUUACUUUUAUAAGCUUAAUUAAAAAAAUAACUAAGCUAUUUUAAUGAAGUGUGAAAUUAUUGAAAUGAAUUUUAGCUGAUGUUAAUUAAUUUUUAACAAUC